UCAGAAAGAACAAUGGACUGUUGGGGAGAUGUCUGCUAUUCUUUCCAAGGAAGAGGAGGACAUGAGAAAAGGUAGGGCAAGAAGUAUCUCCAUGGUGACGAACCCAAACAAUCCUCACAAGAGAAAGUUCACUUCCAACAACUCUAGUGACCAAAAGCAUCCUAAGAAGAAAGCCAACCAUCCUAAGGGAAAUGGGCAAGCUAGCUCAUCUUUAACUGGUCAUAAGAAUGAUUUUUUCAAAGGGAAGUGCAACUUUUGUCAAUGCUUUGGGCAUAAGAAAGCUGAUUGUCGAAAGCUCAAAGCUCACUUAGAGAAGAAAGGCAGUGACAAACCGAAGAAGACCGAGUAGGUUGGAGGAGCAUGUAUACAUGGGAGA